AUGGAGACUACUUGCGCCAAACCAGCCCCCGAGACUUUGAUGCAGAAGGCUACUUUGCAGGAUUCCAGGACCAGCGAAAGGCCAGAUCAAUAUGGUCCUCCACCCAAGUCUUACAGGAAGCAGUUGGACAAGACUCGGGCGCAGGCUGAAGUUGUCUUGGACUCUGUCCACAAGCAUCAAGCGAAGAUUCUGGAUCAUUCAUACAAAGAUCUAUGUCAUACCUUGCAGAGGCGCGAAGAAACUUUUACGGAAACGAAAAGCUCGACCAGCGUUGCCAGCACAUCGCGUCAUGAUCAUGUUGAGACUGUUACAUUAACCCAGGAACAUAAGGAGAAAGAGCUAGUUGAUAAUUCCGCUCUACUCGACACGUCAACAGGCGGUGCGCCCGACAAGGAUGACUCGGCCAAAUCGGACAGGGGCAGGGCUAAUUUGGAUCUGGAGAAGGGUGUUAAAGAAAAGGCGGCCACAAAGGACGACGCAUCGACAGUGGUAGAAUCAGAGGAAGAGGAGACCGACGAUAUCGAAGACGGAUUUUUUUGGGCGCCAUUCACGGAGCAGGAUCGAAAGUCAUUUGCCAGCACUUUUCUCAAGAUCCAAAACAAAGUUCUCUUGCCAAGCGGGAACCAUGUCGAGGACGUGUUAUUCGCCGCUGGUGCCACGAAGAAGCAACAUGGUCUGCUGCACUCCUUUAUUAUCGAUGUUGAUGACGACUCUGUUCGGGAACUGUUUCAGGAGGAGGACUGGACAUUCAUCAUGAAAGAGCAGGAUAUGGCUGUAGGACAGGAUGAUCAAGAUAUUGUCGGGACUCUGGACGCUCUCAAGGAUGCAGGCAGCGCUGAAGCGAUUAUGGAGAUUCUGAACCACCGACACCCUCGUCUUGGAAAAGCCUACCGGAUAGAUCAUGACUACAACUUUAAGUGGCUCUUUGAUUCAGUCUCCAAAUGGAUAGACAUCUACACGAUGCCAUUCUCAGUUUUUACAUCGGAUGCAACGCUGGAGUACUUUUGGAGAUCCCAGGUCUGGGGAGUACUGGAUACGCUGUUCUACGACAUACCCAACACAUUGAUGAUUGGCGGUGAGGGACAUGGAAUCGAAUCCAAAGAAAGAAGGAAUCAGCAACAACCAGGUCGUGCUUUGAGGAAGGCAGGAGGAUCAAAAUCCGAUGGCUACUUGCGCUCAUUUGGAUCCACCAAGUCUGAUUGGUUGACUAUUGAGGGUGCGAGAAACUGGGACCCGUUCGCAAAGAAGUAUAAGUCGGAAGCCUAUUGGAAGCUGGCGCGGCAAAUGCAUGAUAUCUUCCGUGCGAGGACAGCAGAUCAAGACCCAAGUACUCUGAAAAACUUUCGAACAUACGGACUCAUUUUCGGAGGACCAACGAUACAGAUUCAUGUCAUGUCAUCCCUUGGAGGAGCAUCGGCCGUAUUUCGACGACGGAGACCAUUGACACUGGCAGCCAGUAUCGAGUCGUUUGAGGAGAAUGUUGUGAUGUUGGAAAUAUUUAUGCUUCUUAAACGUGAUAUUGUGAGAACUCUGACACCGCAGAGAAAGAGAGUAUCCGCCAUGGAUCUCUUCAAAGGAACAACCACUAUCUUAGAUUCAGAACCGAUAUCGUUCACGAUUCCACUUGCACACCCUAAGCGCUCAUUCAAGCAACGGGUGCGACGACUCGGCUUUGUCACCUCAGGAGCACCAGCUUCCAUCGCCUCAGCAACAACCGCCAUCCUCGUCGCUAAACGGAUCCACCUGGACCCCUCGGCCUCUACCUCCUCGUCGAUCACUUCAUCCAACCCCACGUUCGAUAUGAAGCCAGAGUCGGAAUCGCGCCACCACCACAACGGCACUCACGCUACUUCUUCAGACGACAAAAACGGACACAGUGCUGCGCCAAUGUCGAUGAAUGUCGAUGGUGUCGACGCUGACACCACACCCUCAGGAUUUAGUCGUCUGGAGUUAGUACGGUUAAUGGUGCAGUCUCUCCAAAGCCUUGGAUACCAGAAAUCUGCCAACGAACUCGAAGCAGAGUCUGGAUUCCAGCUGGAGAGCCCGGCAGUAACACGGUUCAGGAACAGUGUCCUCCAGGGUGAUUGGAAUACGGUCGAAACGCUGAUCGGAGACCUCAACCUUGACACGACACAUGAACUCUCGGUCAAGUUUUUGAUUCGGGAACAAAAGUUUCUGGAGCUGCUGGAGAGACGCGAUAUUAAGAACGCUUUGAUUGUGUUACGAUCCGAGUUGACCCCUCUGAAUCAGAACAUGGACCGUGUCCACUCCCUCACAAGCUAUAUGAUGAGCAGCAGUCAGGAAGAUCUUCGUCAGCGUGCCAACUGGGAUGGUGUCAAUGGAUCAUCGCGUCAGAAUUUGCUCUCUUCAUUGCAAAAGUUCAUUUCGCCAGCAGUGAUGGUGCCUGAGAACCGUUUGGAGACCAUGUUAAAGCAGGCAGUGGACCAUCAGAUCAAGAACUGCUUCUACCACGACAAUCGCAAUACCUCCAAGAGCCUCUAUAGUGACCAUAUUUGCGACAAGACAGGCAUUCCGACAGUGACAAGACAGGUCCUAGAGAGGCACACAAACGAGGUGUGGUACAUUUCUUUUUCACACGACGGAAAGUACCUCGCCUCGGCGUCUGCUGACAGCAAGAUCAUUAUCUGGGAUCUGGAGACAUUCCAACCGAUGCACACGCUCCAGGGUCACAGCAACAAGGUGUCCUGCUGCGCCUGGUCUCCAAAUGACACGCAACUCCUAACAGCAGGCUACGACAGGACUGUCAAACUUUGGGACAUUCAGACUGCUACUUUAAAGUCGACCUUUCCUCACCACAGCGACGUUGUUACAUGCCUGGGAUGGCUUCCCGACGGAGAAAGGUUUGUCUCUGGCAGUGAAAAGAACUUGUUCCUGAUGGCAACGGCAGGAAACUUGCUCCGACAGUGGCCAUUCCCGGUCAGAGACUUGGCCAUCUCUGCAGACGGACAGACAUUGGUGGCAAUGGGCGGCACCAUCAUCCGGAUGAUCAGCCUUGUCGAUUUUACCGAAGUCAGCAAACUGGAAGAGACGGAUGGUAUUACCGCGAUCAGCUUGUCCAAGGACGGACAAUUCCUUCUUGUCAACACCACCGUCAAGCCUGCACAAUUGCCGAUGCAUAGAGAAAUUCACUUGUGGAAUCUCCCUGAGGGACGAAUUGUACGAAAGUACUCAGGAUACAAGCAGGGUCUGUUUGUUAUUAGGUCGUGCUUUGGAGGGUGGGAUGAGCGGUUCGUGAUCAGUGGAAGCGAAGACUCAAAGGUGUAUAUCUGGCACCGUGAGAAUGGCAAUUUGAUCCAGACGCUAGAUGGACAUGAUCGUUCAGUGACCAUGGUUGCGUGGAACCCUACCAACCCGACCAUGUUUGCCUCUGCAAGCGACGAUAACACUGUCCGGAUAUGGGGCACCCCCGAGGAUAUUGAGGUGGACUCUGCCCAAAUUCUGAACGGGGACAGUGGCUCGGAAUAG